AUGGAUCUCGGAAGUCUAUCUCAACUCCAAACGGAGGGGGUCAAUCCCCGAACCGUGCAUAUUGACCGCAUGUCGACCCUUGACAUGUGCACUGUGAUCAAUGCCGACGAUCAAAAAGUCCCUGAGAGUGUUGUUCCUUGCUUGCCCGUUAUCGCGGGAGCUAUUGACGCACUGACGCCGCGAGUUCGACAAGGCGGUCGGGUGAUUUAUGUCGGCGCUGGCACUAGCGGAAGGCUUGGGAUCUUGGAUGCAUCGGAAAUCCCCCCGACCUUCGCUGCCCCUCGCGGACAGUUCGUCGGCCUGAUUGCUGGUGGAGAUGCCGCUAUCCGAGAGGCCCAGGAGGGAGCCGAGGAUGAUGAGAAAGCCGGUGAGGAUGAGAUGAAAUCCCUCAACCUGAACCCCGAGCUUGAUAGUAUCAUUGGAAUUGCAAGCUCAGGCCGCACACCUUAUGUCCUGGGCUGUCUUGCUUUCGCUAAGCGUCUCGGUUGUGUGACCAUUGCGGUUGUUUGUACAGUUCCUUCUGCGAUCGGCCUUUCCGGAAAUGUGGACUUCCUCAUUUCACCCGUGUCUGGGCCUGAAGUGGUCACUGGUAGCACCCGUCUCAAGGCCGGCACUGCUACUAAGCUGGUGUUGAAUAUGCUAAGUACUGGUACCAUGAUUCGCACAGGAAAGACUUAUGGAAACAUGAUGGUUGAUCUCGUGGCCUCGAAUUUGAAACUCGAGCAAAGAUCCCGCAAUAUUCUACGGAGGUUGAGUGGAAAGUGUCAGUCCUUAUCCGACGCUGAAUUGGACGCUCUCCUUGCGAGAUGCAAUGCCAGUGUCAAGCUGGCUAUCUUGGUUGCGGAGACCGGGGAGUCAGUCGAGAAUUGUCGGGGAUACUUCGACGCUGCCGGGGGAGUCUUGGCCAACGCGCUGGCUGCCAUCUCUAAGCCCAUCGAACAGAAGGCCACAGUUACCCCUACUCAAAAGUUUGCCUUGUGCAUUGAUGGCGGCGGUACCAAGUGUGCUGCUGCUGUGGCCGACGGUCCCAAUGUCGUCGGCCAGGGCUCUGCUGGUCCAUGCAAUCUAACCGAUAGCAUUGGAAAUAUAGACGGAGUCAUUGCCACGUUACUCGACGCCGCAAAGGCUGCUCUGCAAGACGCCCUGCCAAGCGACGUGGAACAGACAGAAUCUUCUUGGAAGGAAUGUCUCCAAACAUCCUUCAGCUCUGUCUGGAUUGGACUAGCUGGUAUUGACCGAGCUGGGCUCGAGGGAGUACUAGCACCCAAGCUGAGACAAGCGUUCGGAAUCACUCAUGAAAAGGACCUCCGGUUAACCAACGACGUAGAUCUGUUGACUGCGGGUGUUCCACAAUCAUUCGGUACACCCUCCGUCCUUGUGGUCAUUGCAGGCACGGGGAGUGUUGCCAUGCGGUACAAAUGGUCCGAGGAUCAACACAGAUACGCACGUUGUGCCCGUUCUGGAGGCUGGGGCCAUAUGCUCGGUGAUCAGGGCGGUGGCUACACAAUCGGUAUCAAAGCCAUUCAACACACCAUGCGCGUCUUCGAGAAUAUCACCUUGGGGCUUGAUAAAACUGGCGGUGAUGAUCUUUCCAAGGCGGUUGCGGAGAAACUGGGCUGUCAGGUGUCCGAUAGUGCUAGCCACGACAUGUUGAACAACAUCUUGGCCCAGAACUACUCUCAAGGGGUAAAGGCACGCAUUGCUAGCAUUGCGCCGGUUGUUCUCGACUUGAUGGACAAAAAUGAGACCGCAGCAGAUAUCGUGAGCUCCCAAGUAGCUUUGCUUGUUGGCGAAACUCUCGGUCGCUUGGUCAAGCCUGAAGCUACUGGCUAUCAGCCAUCCGAGGCCUCCGUGUUGGUGUUGGCAGGAGGAUUGAUGAAGAAUGAGAGAUACAGGGCCACAUUCGAUAAGCAACUGGACUCGCAGAAAUUGUCUUUCAAAGGAACGGUGGUUGUUGAAGAUGCAGCUCGUUCAGGUGCCACCUACUCGAGUCGUUGA